GCAAGCAGUCACCGGCCGAACGCGAGCGGAACGCGGACAUGGCGCUGCCCCUCACUCGCCGCACCGCUCUCAUUAGAGGGGCGGAGAAUGCUGUGGUUGAAGUUAAAGGUAAAGCCAAACCCCACCUCGCCGGCAGAAGGGCUGCUUUGGAAGAGAUAGGAAAUAAAGUAACAAGAGGAGCGCGUGUCCCUAAGAAAACAGAAUGCUCCAAAGCACCCGUAAAGCCCACAAAAGGGCCUACUAAGAAGACAAAUGCAACUGUACUGCCUAAACCUCCCGCUGCUGCGAAACAAGCAGUCAAAGAAACUGGCGUUCCAAAGGCUCUGUCUCCUGUUCCUAUGGAUAUAUCCUUGCAUGAGGAGGAUUUGUGCCAAGCCUUCUCUGAUGUGUUGCUCAGCAACGUUGAAGACAUCGAUGCCGAGGACUAUGAGAAUCCCCAGCUGUGUAGUGACUAUGUAAAAGAUAUCUACCUAUAUCUGAGAGAGCUUGAGCUGCAGCAGUCCAUCCGCCCACAUUACCUUGAUGGGAAGACGCUCAAUGGGCGUAUGCGUGCGCUUCUAGUCGACUGGCUUAUCCAGGUCCACUCAAGAUUCCAGCUUAUGCAGGAGACGCUGUAUAUGUGUGUUGCAAUCAUGGAUCGGUUCUUGCAAAAUCAUCCAGUAUCUCGUAACAAGCUUCAGCUGGUGGGUGUUACAGCACUGUUUCUGGCUGCAAAAUAUGAAGAGAUGUUAUCUCCUGAUAUAGCAGACUUUGUUUACAUUACUGACAAUGCCUACACCAGUGAUGAUGUUAGAGAAAUGGAGAUUAUGAUUCUUAAAGAGUUAAACUUCAGUUUGGGACGACCUCUUCCAAUUCAUUUCUUACGAAGAGCAUCAAAAGCCGGGGAGGCUGACGCUAAGCAACACACACUAGCAAAAUAUCUAAUGGAGCUGACACUGCUGGACUAUGACAUGGUUCACCACCGUCCUUCAGAGAUUGCAGCUGCUGCACUAUGUUUGUCCCAAAAGAUCCUGGGGUGUAACAGCUGGGGCACAAAGGAGCAGUACUACACCGGGUAUACGGAAGAGAGUCUUGUGAUGACUAUGAAACAUAUGGCCAAGAACGUGACCAAAGUAAAUGGGAAGCUAACAAAAUACAUUGCUGCAAAGCAGAAAUACUCAAGUGCCAAACUAAUGGCGAUCAGUGCAAUCCCUGAACUGAGCAACGAGAUAAUUAAGGACCUGGCUCUGUCGCUCCUAUGAUCGCCCGGGGCAGCGAGGUCCUGGUGGUAUAUGAUGCACUUUGUCCUUCCUCGCCUUUUGAGGCAGACGUUACUACUUUUUGUACAUAGCAUUCCAGCCUUUCUCACAGACAGUUCAGACCCGCUCGGAAGAUGACUUUUAAAAUUG